CUAAAGUCGAACGGCUUCGGCGCUUGCGAGAACUAAAUUUCGAUUUGAUAAAAUAGUCAACACAUAAGGCUGGCAAGAAUGGCCGCUGUUCUAGGAAAGUUCAGAGCUUUACAGUCGGUGUUUGGCAAAGCAAAUUUGCCAGCCCUUACCUCGACAAGAUUCGUGGCAAGGUCGUCUGAACGUCAGGAUACCAACGAGGGAUGGCUAAGCAAACUUACGGUCAGAAAAAUCGAGCCGACCAAAGAAUCCCACUCGCGGAUGCUAUCGGAUAAAGAAAUAAUAUAUGGGCUAAGCACGCAUAAUAUACGUCCAAAUUCUAUGGACAAAUACCUGGUCAAUUACCAAGAAUAUGUUAAUCUUAUUCAUUCCAAGAAAUCAGAUCUACAAUGCGAUCUGAUUGGUUCUUGGGUCGUCGAAGUCGGGGAUAUGGACCAGGCUUUGCAUCUUUGGAGAUAUACAGGAGGCUACGAACGAGUUGAUAGAACUCUGUCAACAUUAUCACAGAAUGAGGCUUAUCACAAGCUCAUACAGGAGCAGGGCAGUUAUCUGAGGUCCCGACAUCUGCAGUACCUGUUGGCGUUCAGUUUUUGGCCGCAGUUGGUGAUGAGGGAGGGUCCCAACAUAUACGAAAUCCGUAGCUAUAGUUUAAAACCUGGUACCAUGAUAGAAUGGGGUAACAAUUGGGCACGGGCAAUUAACUACAGACGUAACAAUGAUGAAGCAUUUGCUGGAUUCUUCUCACAGAUCGGACGGUUAUACAAUGUCCACCAUAUUUGGGCUUACAAAGACUUUCAAACGAGAAAAGAAACCCGUGAAAGUGCUUGGCGGUCUCCGGGAUGGGAUAACUGUGUUGCAUACACAGUGCCCCUCAUCAGAGAAAUGCAUUCUCGUAUUCUGAGACCUGUAUCAUUUUCGCCUACAAAGUAAUUACUCUGUAAGUGACAUAAGGUGAAAUUAUUUGCAUUUGUACAAUACUUAUUACCCAUUUACCUACCUACCUACCUAUCUAUCUGUGUAUACCAUAAAUUAUAAUACCUACUGUAAUAUUGUUGAAAAAUUGUAAUAUUGUACACCUCGGAUAAAUAAUGUAGAAAUUGAAGAAUACAGUGGCUACGACUCGACUAGUGAA